AUGGCAGGAUUCAAGCUUUCUAGAUUCUUGAUUGCCUUCUUGGCUUUCGUCCAGAUCGUCGCUGGUAAUGGCGUAGAGGCCGAAGUUGAUAUUGCCCCUGAAGAUCCGAAGCCCGUUUUUCUCAGGGUUGCACCUGGUUCAUGCCCCUUCAAUGGCGGCAGUGAGCCAUCAGGUGAAGUAGAAGGUGGAAAGGUUGAGGUACCUGCAACUGAAGCUGUAGCCCCAAUUGUAUCUUUUGAAACAGCAGAUGGCUUGGUAUUUAAUGAGCGUGCCUCCGAUCGUAUUAAGCAAUUCAUCGCCAUGCUUCCCUCUAACAUGUUUAACCGUUUCGACCCGGAUGCCAAGCAUAUGUUGCCUGCACGCCUUGCUGAGGAGCUUGCCGCUCUCGAGGAUAAUAAGCUUACUCGGGAACAGGCAGAAGGCGUUGCUAGACAUCUGCUUAAGGAGUAUAUCGGGAUCAUUAUUAACGAUCCCGCUCGGAUGCCUAUCACCCGCGGCCUUCUUCAUUACCUUGGUAUGUUUUUCUUCAAAACUUUACUUAAGAACUCUGAUCCUCAAUACUUGGCUCCCAAGCCCAAAUUGGAUCUAGAAAACCCUAACGAACUUUACGAUCCCGAGGUGAUGCUAGCAAGCGCUGGAUACAACAAACAUGAGUCGCACCUUGACACUGCUGAUAUCAUUGAGGAAAUAACCAAUGUUGCUUUAUCUGAAGAUGCGGAACCAGUUGAAGAGUCUGUUGAACAAGUUGAAGAAGUUUCCGAGGAAGUUGAAGAAGCUCUCGAUGAGGCCCUUGAGGAAGCCGAAGCUGAAGUUGAAGAAGCUCUCGAUGAGGUCCUUGAGGAAGCCGAAGCUGAAGUUGAAGAAGCUCUCGAUGAGGUCCUUGAGGAAGCCGAAGCUGAAGUUAAAGAAGCUCUCGAUGAGGUCCUUGAGGAAGCCGAGGCUGAAGUUGAAGAAGCUCUCGAUGAGGUCCUUGAGGAAGCCGAGGCUGAAGUUGAAGAGGCAGUUGAGGAAGUCUCCGAGGAAUCUGAGCCUCACGACGCUGGCUUGUCAAUUGAAUUAGGUGAUGUACACGAGCAACCUAGUCUAUGGGAGCGUCUUUUCGGCGACAAAUAUGAAGACUCAGAUCUUGAACUUGGCAAGCAGCGUUUCCACCAAAUACUUAAGCGCGCUAGUCAAUACACCCCUAAGGAUGAGUGUUUCGAACCAUACGUCCACAUUGUCCGAGGCCUUGACAGCAGGGAUAAUAUUGUGUUGCCCAUCGACAUUGCCAAGAAGCUCGGUAAAGUGUACCUUGGCAGGCUCCCUGAAUUGUUGGCAUGGCAAAUCAGCCGCUACGUCGCCGACUUGUUGGCUGAAGAGUCAAUCAGCUGUGACCCUGACACCUACAUGAACAGAGUCAGGUGGAUCGCUCACCGAGACGAGAUCUUGCACUACAUCAUGAAGGCCAUAGAAACCCCCGCAUGGGUUGAGUUCUACUGA